AUAAGGGGACCCGGGGGCUGAGCACCACCAAGGCCAGUCCUGAGCAGGCCCAACUGCAGUGCAGCCGCCCACCCUGCCGCCAUGUCUCUGACCAAGACUGAGAGGACCAUCAUUGUGUCCAUGUGGGCCAAGAUCUCCACGCAGGCCGACACCAUCGGCACCGAGACUCUGGAGAGGCUCUUCCUCAGCUACCCGCAGACCAAGACCUACUUCCCGCACUUCGACCUGCACCCGGGGUCGGCGCAGCUGCGGGCGCACGGCUCCAAGGUGGUGGCCGCCGUGGGCGACGCGGCGAAGAGCAUCGACAACAUCGGCGCCGCCCUGUCCAAGCUGAGCGAGCUGCACGCCUACAUCCUGCGCGUGGACCCGGUCAACUUCAAGCUCCUGUCCCACUGCCUGCUGGUCACCCUGGCCGCGCGCUUCCCCGCCGACUUCACGGCCGAGGCCCACGCCGCCUGGGACAAGUUCCUGUCGGUCGUAUCCUCUGUCCUCACCGAGAAGUACCGCUGAGCGCCGCCUCCGCGACCGCCAGGACCGG